AUGGAGAAUUAUUUAAAUGAGAAUUUUGGAGGUGUGAAAUCCAAGAACUCUGAUGGAGAAUCUCUUGGUAAAUGGAGAAAACUAUGUGGGGUGGUCAAGAACCCCAAAAGACGCUUUCGUUUCACUGCCAAUCUCUCUAAGCGAGAAGAAGCAGCAGCUAUGCGUCGCACUAAUCAGGAAAAGCUGAGAGUUGCUGUUUUAGUUUCCAAAGCUGCAUUUCAAUUUAUCCAAGGUGUGCAACUUGGUGAUUACACUGUACCACAGCAUGUUAAAGCUGCAGGAUUUCAAAUAGAUGCAGAGGAACUUGGGUCUAUAGUUGAAGGACAUGACGUAAAGAAGUUGAAAUUCCAUGGUGGGGUUGAAGGCAUUGCAGAAAAGCUUUCAACAUCAACAGCCAAGGGUCUUAGUGACGGUUUCGAAUCGCAGCGUAGGAGAGAGGAGAUUUUCGGAGUGAACCAAUUCGCUGAAGCUGAACUUCGGAGCUUCUGGGUUUACGUUUUCGAAGCCCUUCAUGACAUGACACUCAUGAUUCUUGGAGUGUGUGCCUUUGUGUCGCUGAUAGUUGGAAUAGCAACAGAAGGAUGGCCAAAGGGUGCUCACGACGGUCUCGGGAUAGUCGUGAGCAUCUUAUUGGUGGUCUUUGUAACCGCCACAAGUGACUACCGCCAAUCCUUACAGUUCAAAGAUUUAGACAAGGAGAAAAAAAAGAUUUCAGUUCAGAUAACAAGAAACGGUUACAGGCAGAAAAUGUCAAUUUACAGUUUACUCCCUGGGGACAUGGUCCAUCUUGCCAUUGGAGACCAAGUCCCUGCCGACGGACUCUUCGUUUCAGGAUUCUCCGUCUUGAUUGACGAGUCGAGUUUAACCGGCGAGAGCGAACCGGUUAUGGUUACUUCUCAGAACCCGUUUCUUCUUUCGGGAACCAAAGUCCAAGAUGGAUCCUGCACCAUGAUGGUUACAACGGUGGGAAUGAGAACACAGUGGGGGAAGUUAAUGGCGACGCUAAGCGAAGGUGGCGAUGACGAGACGCCGUUGCAGGUGAAGCUGAAUGGAGUGGCAACGAUUAUAGGAAAGAUAGGACUGUUUUUCGCGGUGAUUACUUUCGUUGUGUUGGUGAAGGGACUAAUGGGGAGAAAACUUGAAGAAGGGAGGUUUUGGUGGUGGUCUACGGAGGAUUGCUUGGAGAUGCUGGAAUUCUUCGCCAUUGCAGUUACGAUUGUUGUUGUUGCUGUGCCGGAGGGGCUGCCGUUGGCAGUUACGUUGAGCCUUGCGUUUGCGAUGAAGAAGAUGAUGAAUGACAAGGCUCUUGUGAGACACCUGGCAGCUUGCGAGACCAUGGGAUCCGCCACAACUAUUUGUAGUGACAAGACUGGAACCCUAACAACUAACCGCAUGACAGUUGUCAAAACAUGCAUUUGUAUGAAGGUUAAUGAAGUGAGCAACAAUAAGGUGUCGCAACUCCCAGAUUUGGCAUUAAAGCUGCUACUUGAGUCAAUAUUCAACAACACCGGCGGUGAAGUUGUGGUUAACAAAAUGGGGAAGCGUGAGAUUUUGGGAACUCCAACAGAAUCAGCGAUUCUAGAAUUCGGGCUCUCGCUAGGUGGGGACCCACAAGGCGAGAGAGAAAAAUGCAAGCUUAUAAAAGUUGAGCCAUUCAACUCCGAAAAGAAAAGAAUGGGCGUGGUUGUGAAGGUCCAAGAUGGAGGAGGCUUAAGAGCACAUAGCAAAGGUGCUUCUGAAAUAGUGCUUGCAUCUUGUGACAAAGUGAUAAACUCAAAUGGUGAGAUUGUGUCCCUUGAUGAAGAAGCAAUGAACCAUCUUAGCAAGACAAUAAACCAGUUUGCUGGUGAGGCACUUAGGACUCUGUGCCUUGCUUAUAUGGAAUUGGAAAAUGGGUUCUCUCCAGAGGAUCCUAUUCCUUCUUCUGGAUACACUUGUAUAGGAGUUGUUGGUAUCAAAGAUCCCGUUCGUCCGGGUGUUAAGGAAUCUGUUGCAGUGUGUCGGUCCGCCGGAAUAGUAGUGAGGAUGGUCACCGGAGAUAACAUUAAUACGGCAAAGGCUAUUGCCAGAGAGUGUGGAAUUUUAACAGAUGAUGGCAUAGCCAUUGAAGGUCCUGAAUUUAGACAAAAAACUCAGGAGGAAUUGUUUGAACUCAUUCCCAAACUUCAGGUGAUGGCUAGAUCCUCACCUUUAGAUAAGCAUACAUUGGUGAAGCAGUUGCGCACAACUUUUGGAGAGGUUGUAGCUGUAACUGGUGAUGGAACAAAUGAUGCCCCAGCCCUUCAUGAAGCUGAUAUUGGACUUGCAAUGGGAAUUGCUGGAACUGAGGUUGCUAAAGAAAGUGCAGAUGUCAUAAUUUUAGACGAUAACUUCUCCACAAUAGUGACAGUAGCAAAAUGGGGACGUUCAGUUUACAUAAAUAUUCAAAAAUUUGUACAGUUUCAGCUUACCGUUAAUGUGGUAGCAUUACUAGUGAACUUCUCAUCAGCUUGUUUCACAGGAAAUGCACCACUGACGGCGGUUCAACUUUUGUGGGUGAACAUGAUAAUGGACACACUAGGAGCACUUGCACUUGCAACGGAGCCUCCAAAUGAUGAUUUGAUGAAGCGUGCACCUGUUGGAAGGAAAGGAGAUUUCAUCAGCAAUAUCAUGUGGAGAAAUAUCUUGGGACAAUCAGUGUAUCAAGUUGUUGUCAUUUGGCUUCUUCAGACUGUGGGAAGAUGGUUCUUCUUUCUCUGGGGCCCAAAUCCUGAUGUUGUCUUAAACACUCUUAUUUUCAACACAUUUGUCUUCUGUCAGGUUUUCAAUGAGAUAAACUCUCGAGAAAUGGAGGAAGUAGAUGUGUUAAAGGGCAUGUGGGAAAAUCAGGUGUUUGUGGCUGUGAUUAGUUGCACUGUGGUGUUUCAAAUCAUAAUAGUUGAGUACUUGGGAACCUUUGCAAACACAACACCUCUCUCUUUUGUACAAUGGCUCUUUUGUUUAGGGGUUGGGUAUAUGGGCAUGCCAAUCGCAGCAAAGUUAAAAGAGAUCAAUGUUGAAUGA